AUGGUAGCUUUCUUGGAGCUGAGCAGCAGAAGCAGUGAGGAAGAAUGUCAAGAAACUGAAUUUUUGUUAUACAUUCAAGGAAAAUGUUUUUGUCCGGUGAAUCAUGUUAUGGUCGAUGGUAGAAACUGCUUACCAUUGUUGAAUGAGAUAUGUUCACAAAAUAAACCUUGCGUUGUUCACAAUUCAGACUGUAUUAAUGGUCGGUGUAAAUGCAAUCCAAAUUUCGUGGCGCAGUCCAAUAAUCGAUGUUUACCAACGAAAUUGUAUGGAAAAUGCAAAAAUGAUGACGAUUGUAGCUAUAUAAAAAAUUCAACAUGUUCUAAGUAUAAUGAAUGCGUUUAUAAUAUCAAUUACAACAUAAAAAGUUUUUCGCCCCCUUUGGGCGGAGAUUGUUCGAAAAACGCAGAUUGUUCAAUCGGCAAUUCUACAUGUAUCGAUUUCACUUGUCAAUGUAGGCCUUACUUUGAAAUUAUUUAUGGUGAGAAAUGUGUUCCUGUGCUUAAAAAACCAUGUCGGUCGAAUUGCGAUUGUUUCAAUGUUCCAUUCGCAGAAUGUUCGACAAAUAAGACAUGCGCCUGUAAAACAAACUAUGUUACAUUAGAAAAUGGAUCAUGUUUACCACCUGAAAUUGGAAUCUGUACAAAAAACAGUGACUGUAUAUUUAAAAAUUCUUACUGUUAUUUUAACACGUGUCAAUGCAUAAGGAAUUUCGUUGGCCAGAUAAUCAAUGGGGUUUAUGAGUGUAAACAGAUAAGCCUAGGAUCUUCUUGUGAAACAGAUCAUGAUUGCAGCAAUAUCAAAUAUUCUAAAUGUUCGCAUGAUAAAAUUUGUGUUUGUCUUGAAACUUAUUAUGCGCUUGAUAACGGAUUCAUUUGUGUGCCGGGGAUUGGUGGAUAUUGUUCAGGAGACAUUGAUUGUGCAUUUGCAAAUUUCCGAUGCUUUAGUAGUCUUUGUAAAUGUCAACCGGGCUAUGUAUCUGUUUCAGACAAUCAAUGUGUAUUGAAAUCAUCAGCAAUUUCUUGUGACAUGGGUAUUGAAUGUGGAGAGCAUUGGCAUUCGGAUUGUUCAUUAGAUCACACUUGCUUUUGUAAAUCAAAUAACACGCAAGUUAACCAAGCGACAUGUUCACCAAUUUUAGGUGGAGCCUGUUUUAAAGACGAUCAAUGUGUAGUCAAAAAUUCUAUAUGCACUUCUUUUCAUUGUCGAUGUAACGAGGCAGAAUUCAAAGCCGUGGCUAUUAAUAUGUGCAUAUCCAAUUGUUCUGUUCUUGCAAUUAUAGCUUUUGUGCUGAGUGAUGACUGUUUACUUUCAUUAGACCGUUUUUACACUAUUAUGCUGUCCCGAGAAAAAAUAGCCAAACCUAGUCAUACAUUUUCACAAAGUAUGGCGCACUCUCGGCAGAAAUUCGAUUGCAUCGAAAAUGUGCUGGAAAAUAAAGUUGCUUUGAAGCUCCAAGUAUCAGCUUCAGCCUCUUAUGUAUCCAUAUAA